CGCGGGGCAUGAUGGGGGAAUUAAGAGAUUUCCAUCAUGGCGGCUUCCAUUUCGGGCUACACCUUCAGCGCUGUGUGUUUCCACAGCGCCAACAGCAACGCCGACCACGAAGGAUUUUUGCUGGGAGAGGUGAGACAAGAGGAAACCUUUAGCAUCAGUGACUCCCAAAUCAGCAACACAGAGUUCCUGCAAGUCAUUGAAAUCCAUAACCAUCAGCCUUGUUCAAAGCUUUUUAGUUUUUAUGACUAUGCAAGCAAAGUUAACGAAGAGAGUUUGGACAGGAUCCUUAAAGACCGGAGAAAGAAAGUGAUCGGCUGGUACAGAUUCCGGCGGAACACGCAGCAGCAGAUGUCGUACAGGGAGCAGGUCCUCCACAAGCAGCUCACCCGCAUCCUCGGGGUGCCCGACCUCGUCUUCCUCCUCUUCAGCUUCAUCUCCACGGCCAACAGUUCCACGCACGCUCUGGAGUACGUCCUCUUCAGACCGAACCGCAGGUACAAUCAAAGGAUCUCCCUUGCUAUUCCCAACUUGGGCAACACCAGCCAGCAAGAGUAUAAAGUGUCUUCAGUGCCAAACACGUCUCAGAGUUACGCCAAAGUCAUCAAAGAGCACGGCACUGACUUCUUUGACAAGGACGGAGUCAUGAAGGACAUCAGGGCCAUCUAUCAGGUCUACAACGCGCUGCAGGAGAAGGUGCAGGCAGUGUGUGCAGAUGUAGAGAAGAGUGAGCGAGUAGUUGAAUCUUGUGAGGCCGAAGUGAAUAAAUUAAGAAGACAAAUCACUCAGAGGAAAAACGAAAAGGAACAAGAAAGAAGGCUGCAGCAGGCGGUGGGCAGCAGACAGGGGCCGCCCGAGAGCCUGGAGCCGGCGCCCAGCCCUCGGACGCCGUACCCCGGGUUCGCAGCUGACGGCGGAAGUACACUGGCAGAUGCCGAGGCCUCUGACCCCCCACCCCCUUAUUCCGAUUUUCACCCAAACAAUCAAGAAAGUACUUUGAGCCAUUCUCGCGCGGAAACAAGUGUCUUUAUGCCUCGACCUCAAGCUGUGGGUUCCUCCAGCUUUGCCCCCAACAGUGCUGGACUGAAGUACCCCGGAGGUGGAGUGGGCCUGCCUUCCCAGAGAGCCACGGGGGACAGCGCGGAGGGGUCGGACGACAGUGAUUAUGAAAACCUGAUUGACCCGACAGAGCCCUCCAGCAGCGAAUUCUCACACGCAAGGGAUUCCCGGCCCACGACACACCCCGACGGGGGCUCCAGGAACGCUCAGACCUCCCAGAUUUAACUCCCCAGGAGGAGCGCCAAUCAGCACUGCUUUCUUAAUCACGAUGGAGAGAGUUUUGUGAGGACUAACCGGGUGGGAGAACUGGGCUCCCGAGAGAAUCCUGGGCACAGAACUGGCAGGGCCUCACCCGGGUGCGGGGGGCAGGUGUCAUGACAGAAUCAUUAAGAUAAUCAAGUUGCCCUACUUCUGGUGCGAUUCAUGGAUAUACUGGUUAAUUCAGGCAGAGAAACUUGUCAACAGUUUCUGUUCUUUAAAAUAAAUUGGAAAUCAGAGACUAAGCACAAUUAGUCUAUAAAUGUUCUGUAAAUCAAAACUUACCUCUUGCACUAUCAUGCCUUGAAGUUCACUUUUCAGAGGGAAAUGAGUUAGCGGCAGCCUUGAUAGAAGCUUCUUUCUGUGAUGAGCCAAGUUCAGCUUUGCCAGAAGAGAAAUUGUGAUAAUUCCCAGAAGCCCGAUUGGAACAGGCCGGGUGUACCUUCUCUUGUCUGCAUGACUGUAAGGUCAGAGAGAGGGCUUAGUUUAACUGUUUUCCACUAGCCCGGUACGUAUGGUCACUUAAAAUGGUUGCCUUUAAAAACACGUAGAAGUACUAAUUACCAGUAAGUAACCAUCCAAACAAGUAUGUCACAAAAGAAACUCCUAUUUUCUUUGGUGGAAUGACAGUCACUGCUGUGUGGCACUGGCCACCGUUAUAGUCUCUGUUCUGGAGUCUUAGAUGAAGGACACGAGCAGUGGCCACAGAAGGGAGCGCCGUCCCCGAGCUGAGCUUUGUGAUGGACAGGAUCCGGACGCGGGGUCAGCCGUCGCACAGACGGCCAUGCCUCCUCUAGCCCGCCUGACAAAUCUCAGUGUCAGCUUUAUUUGUGGAGGGAAGACGUUUAAUAAGCUGUUUGAGAAUCGUGGUGAAUAAAGAUUUAUUUUAAGUCUGAAUAACCAUACCUUUUUUUUAAGCUGCCAUUUGGAGGAUAAUUGUGACUGCUGGACUUCCUGUCAGGAUGCUCCUGUGUUUUAUUUAAUUACUGCUUGUUUCCUAGUUUGGCCCAGAACGUGUGAAACCACGGAAGACAUCCUGAGCCUGUCAGGCUCCUGGCCUGGGAGUGACCAGACCCGCCGUCCGUGAGGAGGUCAGCCGCGGCGUUGCUGCUUCCGAAUGUAACUGCCUUUGCUUUGGACUAAAGCCUGGAGGAGGAAGGAGGGCGUCGUGUCCCGAGGCUUAACGUCCCUGCGUUGGAAAGUAGUUCCAUUGUCUGGAGGGAGCUGACUCCCAGGCUCCGGCUCCGGCCCCAGUGCCCAGUGAGACAGUGCGGACUGGGAGCCGCGGAGCCGCCCUCUGCUCAUGUCCGCUUUGUGGGCCUGGUCCUGCCCUCCAAGCGCUGGCCUCAAACCUCCCGUGUGAUGGGAACCUCGCAGGCGUGCUCGGUUUAUCAGCUCCCCACCGUGGCCCAGCCCCAGGUGAACCUAAGUUAAUUCUGUAAGUGCCAUUGCCAUCUCUCUGUUCAUGUUUGACCUUCAGAAAUACAUUUUAUUUUAUGCCAUACUGAGAGCUACGGUGUACACUGACCAGCAGUUAAAUGUGACAAUAAAAGCUCAUUUAAUCCUGGCA